AAAUUAUUAAGGAAACAGUAUUUUCCACUUGCCCAAUCUUCAAACACAUUUUCUUCUCUCUCUCAGACUCGGACUCAGAUGAGUAGCCCCGUCGCUUUGUCACCGGCAAUCGCCGCCGCCGUUAGACCUCCAUCAUCUCACGACUGUCUAUCCGCUUCCGCCACUAGUACUACCACCGCCAUGGCGCUCAAAUCUUGCAUCUUCGCACCUCUCUCGCUAUUCACCUCUCAAUCUCGAAUCAAACACUCAAGCUCAAGAAAAACUUCUCGAAUAUUCACGAUUCGAUGCGAUGUAGCGAUAAAAUCCGCUGAUUCGGUGAACGCAGACGCCAAUCCAUCAUCUUCACCGUCAACAGAGGAAGAAAUCGAAGCGGAAGCGAAGGCGAAGAUAGGAUCUAGGGUUAAAGUAACAGCUCCGUUGAAGGUUUAUCAUGUAAAUCGAGUAGCGGAGGUUGAUUUGGAAGGUAUGGAAGGUAAACUCAAAGAUUACGUCGCUGUUUGGAAAGGGAAACGAAUCUCAGCUAAUCUUCCUUAUAAGGUUGAGUUCUUCAAAGAAAUUGAAGGUCGUGGUCCUGUUAAAUUUGUUGCACAUCUUAAGGAAGAUGAGUUUGAGUUCAUUGAUCAGUAGUGAUUAAACCAAUAAAAGGCAAAUAUUUGUCUUUGUUGUGGUUACUGGAAUCUGGGAAUGGAGAAUGAUUUGUAUGUAGUGUGAUGUGUAUACCUAUAGCAAAUCAUAUACAUAAGGGUUUUUUCACUUCCUAUUGAUGUUGAUUUGAUCUU